AUGUCUGCAUUGCAUCCCAAGAACGAUCAAGAAGCCAAGGCAUUGCAAGAAGAAGGCGUCAAGAAACAAUUAGCACAAUCCACAGAUGCUCAAGAACGCAUUGUGCAUGAUUUGAAAUCCGAUGGAAACACUAAAAAACAAGAUGUGGAAAAGGCAACACAGACCUUGGAUAGUUUGAAGAAGGAGCAAGAGUUGUUAGGACAAAACAACAAGGAUUAA